AUGCCGAUCUAGAACAGAAAGCACAGAUCUAGUAUGAACGCGAUCUCCGGUAUUUAUGCAGAAUUCACCAAGAAAUGGCUCCAGACAGUUCGCAGUAAUCGCGUAUGCCAGAUUAUCAGAUCACCUCACAAGUGCUUCUCCAUUCCUGAAGUGCUCCUGUGCCAAUUAGGAGCUGACAUAGAACAUAUGCGAUACGGUUCCAGCAGAAAGUGAAAAAGAUCAACGCAAAGAAGGUUUCUGUCGUUGUUGGACUUCACGCAUUUGGAGGGAAAAAUUCUCACGGAUAUCGCUAUGAAUCUGACUUCGCUAGUCGUAGAGGUGAAUGCUUCUGAGGGUAAUUCAGGAAAUAACAGUGAUGGCUCAGAUACCCUCAGUCCAUCAGAUGCAGUGUUUCACGUCGCAAGUCGAGUAAUAUCUCUUUUAGUGUUCAUUAUAGUUGGUACAAUCGGCUGCGUCGCGGCGUUCACCUGGCUAUGGUGCCAAAGGCGACGAAAAUCCAGAGUGAACCGUCUCAUUCUUCACGUUACGCUGGCGGAUUGGUUGGUUAUAGACGUAUGUUGUGUGUCGCAAUUUAUCUGGGAGAGCAUUCCUGAGAGAGAGUGGCUGGCAGGGGAAUUCAUGUGCAGAUUCAUAAAAUUUCUCCAGGGGUUUUCCAUGAUGGCCAGUUCUGCUAUGCUUCUCGUUCUGGCCUUCGAUCGUCACCAAGCAAUCCGUUCACCGCUUCGGAGACACAAUCCGGUUUGGGUAACCGCCGCCAUUGGAUGGGGUGCGGCGGCGCUGCUGUCGCUCCCGCAGCUCUUUCUGUUCCACAUGCGUGACGACGACGGGAUCAGCAGGUGUGAGAACCAGUUCCGAUAUAAACCCAAGUGGCACCGCCAAGCUUACGUCACCUUCGUUUCUCUGGUAGUGUUUUUCAUCCCACUGUUGUUACUUUUAUUCUGUUACCUAAGCAUUUUUUUGAAAAUAUCAAGAAAAGCGAACCAACAGCGUCUGCCCCAGAAACCGGCCAAGAUUGUGCAUCAACCCGACCGAAAAAGUGAUCGAGUUUACUUGCAGUCUACUCCGUCGACUUCAAUAGAAAAAGCUAAGACCAAGACGCUUAUCAUGACCAUAGUCAUUGUGGCUGUGUUUAUCUUGUGCAGCACCCCAUACCAUGUUAUGGAGAUGAUAGUCACCUACAUCACGGCCAACGUUGACCCUAUCUGGUACGGCAUAUUUGGUUCCGCUGCAGUCGCCAACUCCGUGGUCAACCCAUAUAUCUUUCUGAUCUUCAACGCGAAGUGUACACAGAAAUCAAGCUCAGGAGUCCGUGCACGUACGGGAUCCAACACAACCAGAUCUACGUUUUUCACGCGAGGUAGCGUCAACCGUGGAAGUCCCCCUGUGGCCUACUCGAGAGUGGAGUUGGGGAAAAUGCCAAUAACUGCUUCGGCGAUGUCAGACCAAAACUGAAUGCCGAAUUAAAGUGUGGCGUUCAGCGAGACAGUACUUUUUGUACGAACACGCGGUUCACAUUGAACAGACCCUUUGAAAAUUGAUGUUGUCAUUAACAAUAUGAAAGUAUUUGAAAACAAACCUGACUCAAAGUUAACUGAAAAGUGUUCUAGCAAAGUGCUCUUGGAAGGAGGACACUACCAUCAAUGAAAAAAAAAGUAAACUGAAGAAAAUAAUAUAAUAAUGAAGCAACCAUGACGGGAUUGUCUCAGAUAUGAGCUGAUGACGUCUGAGUUACAGGUUCACAGGUGCCCCACAAGUACUCUCACAGGUGCUUUCCAGACAUUGUUGUAGGAGGACAAAAAAAGUACCUCCAUCGUUUUGCAGGACCCCAGUGGGUGAAAAUACUUGCCAAUGAGUAGAGUUAGUCAAAAAGCUUACACUGACUCUCUGGGAAACAAAGGUGUUGAAAACACGUGAGAAAGGGAUGAAAGGAUGUGCAGGCUUGUAUGUGUCAGGCGCCUACGAAGUCAGUUGCGGUAGCUACCUAAGAACACAUGCACACGGGUUCGUGAGGACUGUAAUGAGAACAAGGUGUCGGUACUUUGAUGAAAGCCUGAUGUAAAAACUGAGGAUGUUUAACGAGUUUUAUCACAAAACGCUAUUUUCUUCCGGUCUAAUUGACUAAAUGGCCGUAUCACUAUCUUUCUGUGCUUUCUGAAAAAAAAAAGAGAAGCAGCCAUUCAAAAAUUGACUAUAAUGCUAUAUUAAGAGAACCUAGGGCGGAUCGAUGGAUUUCCCUUAUCCGCUUAGAUAAUGCGGAAAUAAAAAUUGCCAUGUAAUGAAAUAGUUCUGUCCUAGCAAAUUAACAUCGGGUGAGUUUGUCAACUCGAAUUGAUGGCAUUUCAGCCAAGUUUGGGGUGAAAACUGUAACAUUGAUUUCAAACAUAUCUCCCUCACCUGUACAGCCAUCAACACCUUUUUAAUGCCCGAUUAAUUUCAACAAUAGGUACUACAAUGUCGAGCCAGGAAUCAUUCUUGAAAUGUUCACUUCUUUUUUAUCGCCACAGAGGCAAAAUAAUGCAUUUGUUUACUGAAACAUCCUAAUUAGGGGCUCAUUUAUCCUGAACAAAUAUGUAAAACAAAUAACGCUGGGGGCGGAUUGGAGUUCAAACCCUAAUGGUCGACCACGCCAAUUUCUAUGAAAACACCUUAUUUAUCAGUUAUUAUUUCAGAAAUCGAUCACUAUCUUACAAAUUUACAAAGCAACAAAAUUGACAAUUUAUGCUUGGUCACCCUUUGGGCAGAAUUGCGUGGGAUGGUUAAUAAAGCAACAAGAGAGGGGGUAUGCGCUCCAAAAGUGUUUAUUUUUAUUGCACUUAUAUAAAGAUAAAUAUUUCACAUAGAAGAAACAUGGAAAAAAUUAUCUGUCAAUUGUAUGUUCUUAUAGCCUAUCGAACCCCUUAACCAUAUUUAUCGAUGUGACCAAUAUAUAUUGAUGUGACCUUUGAUGUAUAUUUGUAUUAAAUUGACUUUAACGUAAAGGUAUAAUGGCGAUUCAAGAGAAAACUUAAGUGAAUAACCAGUUUAAAGUGGUUUAAUGGGAACAUCCAAGAUAGCCGAAACUGAGGCUAAAGGCAGUAUGUGACGCCGGGCGUGGCCGAAAAAAAAUUAGGGUCUACGAA